AUGUCAGUUAUUCUUGUUAGGCUAACGUUAAAACAUGCUUUUUUAUCUAUUCCAACAUUUUUCAAAGCAUUUUUAUUAUGCAUUCGAACUGUCGAGAAUAGUGAGCCAAGUUUGUUAGCUGACAUUGAUCCUAAACUAUCUGUAUCUGGUCUUCAAACACUUAUUUAUCCUCAACAUGAAACUAGCAAAGAAAAAAUGUCAAUUUCAAGUACGACUGAUGUUAAUAGUAAUUUACAAUCAGUUACAAAACGUAUACAAAAUAAAGCUCAUCGUCGUAUACACAGUGAUCCAAUAUAUAAACUAAAUGAAAGAAAAUCUAUUUUGAGACCAUCAUCAUCGAUUAUAGAUGAAUCAAAUGAACGGUGUCAUUCAGCAGCACGACUUUCAAAUGAAAAGAAUGAUUAUACAAAUUCACAUUCAUCCAAUAAUCAUAUUCAUUCUGUUAAUAAUCAAUCCAAUAGUGCUUCUUCGUUUCCAGCUGUUUUCUAUCAACCUCAAGAUAUUGAUUCAUAUAGUUCAAGUUUUGAUUCAAUAACAACAACAGAAACCGAUCAUUCAUCAAUAAUUAAUACAAACUUUGGAGGAGUUGAUCAUUAUCAAACAUUACCGGAUACAUCAUUACGUUCAAAAAAACCAGUGACAACAAUUGACACUAACAACAAUAGAGGAUCAAUAUCUAGUCAAACAACGUUAACAGUUAAUAUUAACAACGAUAAUAAUAUAUACGAUUCAACAUCAGACAUUAAUCAAUCAAUCAUCAAUUCACCAAUUCUCUCAUCAUCACCAGUUGAAAAUAGUAUAUCUGUAUCAUCUUCUUAUAAUAAUUCCGAUGUUUUUUCAAGAACAGAUUUACAGUGUAACUAUAAUCCAUAUUUUCCAAAUUCGUGUCUUCGAUGGCCUAAAAAAGGACAAACAUUGGAUAGUUAUAUACGAGAAAAUGAUUCUAAAACACGAACAGAUGUUGAAAAAGAAAAUGCUCAUUUUUAUUUUUCUGAAGCAUUAAUUGCUGCUAUUGAACAAAUUAAAUUUACUAAAGAGUGUAAAAGACGUUUUCAAAUUGAUUCAACAAAUCCAUCUCUUCUUAUUGGAACAUUAUCGUAUAAUGAAAGUUCAACAUCGUCCACUGAGAGUUCAUCACCAUACAUUCCAUGUAAUUUAAAUUUGAUACAACAAUCACAGAAAAAAGCGGCAUUAUACAAUGAGACACCAGCAAUUAAGCAAUUGCUCAAUUCUGAACAGAGUUCAGGUGAGCCACCACAAGAGUUUGAUUGGUCAAAUUCAACAAAUUUGGACGAGACAUCAGCUGAAGCAAUAGCAUUGGCUCUUAUGGACACAUACAAACAAUAUCGAAUGCCAACAGCACCGGAAUUAUUCUGGAUGAUUAAACCGGAUGAAGAUUUUCCGCAAGAUUUACUACCAUUACCAGAUUACAUAUCAGUUGAUCCAUCUGAAGAUUAUAUAAUUGCAGGUGGUCAUCGGGUACAAAUUCGUGGUAAUCUUCAAUGGGCACCGCCUCGUGAACAACUCAUAUUCAAUAUUCAUCCACCACCAAAUCGUGAUGAACAGUUAAAAAAACAACGUUAUCUAUGUGCGGGUUGCGGACGACAUGUAGAGAAAGGUUUUGCACGUCGUUUCAAUUAUUGUGAAUAUACAGGCAAAUAUUUUUGUAAAAGUUGUCAUUCAGAGAAAAAAUCUUAUUUACCUUCUUAUAUUAUACACAAAUGGGACUUUUCACAAAAGCAUAGUGUAUCGAAUUUUGCCUACGAUUAUUUAAAUCGAAUUUAUUCCGAAGCAAACUUGAAUUUAAGUUUGAAUCCAUCUUUGAUUAAAAAGAGUAAAAAAUUACAAUCGGUGAAUAAUCAACGAUGGAUAUUACAUUUUAUACGAAAUUAUGUAUUAACAUGUCGAUUUGCUGAUGAAGACGGAUCACUAGCUAAAUUGAAAUCACUACAAUCUUACAUGUAUGAAACUCCUUAUGUUUAUUCAACGCAGGAUCUAUUCGAAACGAAAGCUGGCAAUCUGCAGAAAGUUCUUGAACCAAUCGUCACUGCCAUGGAAAAUCAUAUAUAUCCAUGUAGUCUAUGUUCGGCUAAAGGUUUCAUUUGCGAAAUAUGUUCAAAUGCAAAAGAUAUAAUCUUUCCAUAUGAACUCGAUCGUACAUCCGUCUGUCCCGUAUGUCAGUGUUGUUAUCAUCAUCGAUGUUUCUCAAAACAUCCAAAAUGUCCAAAAUGUGAACGUAAUGCUCAAAGAAAUCAAACAUCCGCAUCGAGUAGAACAAGCAAUGCAAAUGUAAAGUUGAAAGUUGCCGAUGAUGUAAUUACAUGA